CAACCUUAUAGAAACCAGAAACCAUAGACACCUUUCGUUCACAACAUCGAAUGUAAAAAUAUCACAAACCAGAGGAAAACUCAGCCUGAGAAUCAAUGGCAGCCACCAUCAUCAGGCCAACUCCAUUCCUCGGACAGGCUCGGUCGGCUUCGGCCACCCCAAACCCUCUCAAGGAAGCCCUGCAAAUGGGAAACGGAAAGUUCAGAAUGGGUAAUGAGCUGUGGUAUGGACCUGACAGAGUGAAAUACUUGGGACCUUUUUCAGCACAGACACCGUCAUACCUUAAUGGAGAAUUCCCAGGCGAUUAUGGUUGGGACACUGCUGGGCUCUCGGCCGACCCUGAGGCAUUUGCCAAAAAUCGUGCUCUUGAGGUGAUCCAUGGGCGAUGGGCAAUGCUCGGAGCUCUUGGAUGCAUAACUCCUGAGGUUCUGCAGAAGUGGUUGAGAGUGGAUUUCAAGGAACCAGUUUGGUUCAAGGCUGGCUCCCAAAUCUUCAGUGAAGGAGGCCUCGAUUACCUUGGCAAUCCCAACCUUGUCCAUGCGCAGAGCAUCCUUGCUGUGCUUGGCUUCCAGGUAGUUCUCAUGGGUCUUGUUGAGGGCUACCGCAUCAAUGGCCUGGAUGGAGUUGGAGAAGGCAAUGAUCUUUACCCCGGCGGCACCUACUUUGAUCCUCUUGGCCUUGCUGAUGAUCCAUUAACAUUUGCUGAGCUGAAGGUGAAGGAGAUUAAGAAUGGCCGGCUUGCAAUGUUCUCCAUGUUUGGUUUCUUUGUUCAGGCCAUUGUCACAGGGAAAGGGCCAUUGGAGAACCUCUUGGACCAUCUGGAUAACCCCGUAGCUAACAAUGCGUGGGCUUAUGCCACCAAAUUUGUUCCUGGCUCUUGAGCAACAAGAGGUUUUCAAGAGCUUUGGAGAUUGAAUUUGUACUGUGAAUUAUGCUCAUGAUCAAUCCAUGAUGAUUUUCCUUUCUUGCUUGAAUGUAGUUAUGUAUAUUUUUUUCUUUUCACUUGACAAAUUUGAAUGUUGAAGGCUUAGGAUGAAUCAAUUUCAUUAAA